AAAAAAUAAACCCGAAGUCUUUUCUGAGAUGCCGUGCUGGUACUACGACAAGAAGGAGCUGCGCGAGACGCCGUCGAUCCUGGACGGCAUAGACUUUGAGACGGAGCGACGCUAUCGCAAGGAGGGCGCCCGCUUUAUCAUGGAGUGUGGCACAAAGAUGGGCCUGGGCCACAACACGAUGGCCACUGGCGUGGUGUACUUCCACCGAUUUUACAUGUUCCACUCGUUCCGCAGCUUCCCGCGCUACGUGACUGCCUGUUGCUGUCUCUUUUUUGCCGGCAAGGUGGAGGAGACGCCAAAAAAGUGCCGCGACAUUAUUAAGAUGGCGCGCGGCAUUCUAAACGACAAUUACUUCUUUUCGUUUGGUGAGGAUCCCAAAGAGGAGGUGAUGACGCUGGAGCGCAUCCUGCUGCAGACUAUUAAAUUUGACUUGCAGGUAGAGCACCCGUAUACCUUUCUGCUUAAGUACGCAAAGUGCUUCAAGGGCGACCAGCAGAAGCUGCAGAAAAUGGUUCAAAUGGCUUGGAACUUUGUCAACGACUCUCUUAGCACCGUGGUCUGUCUUCAGUGGGAGCCGGAAAUCAUAGCCGUGGCUCUUAUCCACUUGGCCAGCAAGCUGAGCAAGUUCACUGUGCAGGACUGGGAGGGCCGCCAGCCACAGCACCAGCGCUGGUGGGACAUGUUCGUGUCGGACGUAACAAUGGAGAUCCUCGAGGACAUCUGUCACCAGGUGUUGGACCUGUACCAGUCCACCCAAAAGGAAGCCCUUCAGCCCAGUAGCCCGCCACAAAAGCCACCCAGCCUGGCGGACAGCCCAAAUCCCACGGACAUCGUGUUUUCCACGGUGCAACAACAAAAGCCGCCACCCCCAAGUGGAAACGAUAGCUUGCUGGCAGUCAGCAACAUCCAGAGCAUCAAGACGCUGCCCAUCCUGUGUACCGGUUCUAGCCCUGGGUUCCAUCCGGCUACACAUGGCCCAACGCCUCUUGUCCAUACCCCCGGCUACCACCUUUACCACGCUCCGCCACCACCUCCUCCGCCGGUCGUGCCCAUGCCGCCCUACCCCUCUCCCAGCUGGGCAAUCCAGCAGCAGCCGCCCACACAUUACGGUAGCGGCGCGGCACCUCCUCCGCCAAUGCCACCCAAUCUGCCCCUUGGCCCUAGUGGGUACUAUAGCGCCGGCGGACGACAACCUCAGCAGCGGUACCAGUAAAAGGACAUGAUGGUUCGGUUCGAAGAUAAACGAGUUAAAAUAUUAAUUAUUCAUAACGCGUAAUUAUAUUUAAAAAAAAAAAGCGUUUUAACUUAGAUUUACGGAUUUAGAAUUUGGCAGGGACCCAGUUGAAUUGUUUCACGAGUGGGCAACUAAAUUUCUUGACUACUUAAACUUUUAUUCAAAUUUGGUUUCCUCGUAUGCAGCUCCGAAAUUCAUCACUGCAUAAAUCACCCUUUCAUCAGUCUGUCGACUGCAACGCCGGCAUAUUUGACAUUUUUACUUGACAAUCGUAGCAAAAAUUGAAAUUGGAAACUAGGGACGAAUUUUUGGCGUUGAUUCACAAAUUAUUAAAUCUGGUGAACCGGGUAUAAAAAUUUAAACGCAGGCUAAUUCUCUUAUACUUAAAAUUGUUGUUUAUUUAUUCAAAGAAUACUUAAUUAAAAACGAAAAAGUACAAAAUAAAGGUCACAGCUUAUUUUAACCAAAGAA